CUUCUCUUAUAUUUUCCUUUAUGAUCUGAUGUAGAUUUCUCCAAAUUUAUCACAUUUUCUUUUUAAUUAAAGAGACUGUGUUGCUAUCUUUAAUUAUCUGUUUUGACGUCAUCAUUGUCAAAGGCAUAAAACUUGCUUUUGCAUGUAGAGGAUUAUUAUUAGCAAGAUAGUCUUAAUUACGUCUGAGCAAAAGGACAGGUUGGAUUCCGAACCUAAUUGUGAUUUGAUUUCUUGUUGAAUUGUUGGCUAUGUGCAUUAUAUUUUUAGAGUGAUGGUGUAGUUUACCUGUGGUAUUGAUAUAGUAUAAGAUGGAACUCAAAGGGAAACAUUCACAAAUCUAUCUAAUUUAUGGGGUUAAAUAUAUUUAUUAAAUUUAACAAAUUACUCAGGACUGCAUCAAGAUACUUGUUGGAAACAAAGUUGACCAAUAUUGUUUUGAACAAAGUUGACAAAUCUCAAGCUCAUCUGAUACUUUCUAAUGGGCCUAUUUGAUGUUAUGGAAAAUGAUUCUUGAGUGUUAUUUUAUACAUGGAAUUUAAUGUUACCACUCACACUGGUGACCUUAAUAGGAAAGUGAAAGGGUUAUGUCCAGAAAGCAGAGUAUUUGAUUUUGCUUGGGAAUAUGGCUGCCUUUUUAUAGGGUGCACUACAAAAGCUGGAGUAAAUGUUGAAAAAUGAUUUUUGCGAGCUUGUCUUAAAGGGACUAAAAUCCUAGUGCUUUAUUAUGUAUUUCCCCUUGAGACAAGUUUAUUUGUUGUUUAGAUGUGAAAGAAGUAUGGAAGCUUACUGUAUAAUUUAGUUGUUUAUAAAUUCUAAUGAAGUCAUGUUUUGAUUUCCAAAAACCGGUCGACCAUGCAUUGAUGAUUUCUGCUAUGUAAACCAGUGGUUUUUGACUAAAGACCUUCUCCUCAUACGUUUAACUCUAUCCAUAAAUUUAUUGACAUAGGCAUGAGCAUGAUUGUAUGCCUCAAAUAGGAUAUGAUUUGAAUUAUACCCCUUUUUAGGUUCACUCAUUUAAAAAAUUUGAUAGUAGAACUGUGAAUUUUGUCAUGCAUUACUUGUGUGCUGCCUGCUUCUGACCAUAGGGGCUUUAGCAAAUAUCAUGCUGCCACAGUUGCAUGUGUAUUGUGACAAUUGCAGAGGGAACCUUGAGAACUUUCUUUGUCCUUUUUAAGUUUUCCCUAGCUAAUUGUUAUGGUGUUGCCAUUUAUUUUCAGUCCUUACUACCCUGAACAACAUGUAUUACUGAGCAAUCUUGGUAGUUGCUCUCAACAAUGUGUGCUUUGGCCAUGAAACGACAGACCAGCUUUCUAAAGUUGACUGCUUAGUUGGUUACAUUUAAGUAUUCUUGCUAGGUGACUUGCUAAUGGUGCUUAAAAGCUAUUACACUGAUGCAGAAUUUUAUUUGUGGUAUUGAUACAGUAUAUGAUGUAAAAGCUUAAGAGCUUUCUUUUGUCCGUUUUCUUAAUUGAUCUGGUUUUGCCAUUCAUUUUCAGUCCUUGCUUCCUUGCCUCUUAUUUGACGCCAUGUGUGCCCUUAAAGAUGUCUACUUUGGCCAUGAACAGAUUGACCAGAUUUGUGAAUGUGACAGCUUAGUUCGUUACAUCUGAAUACUCUUGCUAUUUUUAUUAUAUCAAUACUUCUUUUUAUCUUUUUGGUUGCAAUGUAAGU